AUGCCGCUCAGCUAAAGUGACUGCCCCACUGCCACUGGCUCUCCACUUGUUGCUUUGCAACUCGGUGACUGACCAAGACGUCUUUUUGUUUCCCCCAUCAAAGCUCUUUUUGGAUAAUUUCCUAGAAGAGCCCAAUUUUAAACACAUCUACUUUAUAGGAAGCGACAGAAAGGCAGCAUGUCAGCUGAAACACCAGUCACACUGAAUAUUGACCCCCAGGAUCUGCAGGUCCAAACAUUCACUGUAGAGAAGCUACUGGAGCCUCUCAUAAUCCAGGUGACUACACUUGUAAAUUGUCCCCAGAAUCCUUCUAACAGGAAGAAAGGAUGUUCCAAAAGAGCCAGAGUUCUUCUAGCGUCUGUGGAGGAAGCGACUUGGAAUUUAUUAGACAAGGGAGAGAAGAUCGCCCAGGAAGCCACUGUUCUCAAGGAAGAGCUGACUGCUACGCUGGAGCAAGUUCGCAAAGAAAGCGAAGCUCUGAAAGUGUCAGCGGAGAGAUUUGCAGAUGACCCCUGCUACCUCCCCAAAAGGGAGGCUGUGGUUCAAGCUGCCCGUGCCCUGCUGGCUGCCGUUACCAGACUCCUCAUCCUGGCAGACAUGAUUGAUGUCAUGUGUCUGCUGCAGCACGUGUCAGCUUUUCAAAGGACAUUUGAAUCUCUUAAAAAUGUUUCCAACAAAUCUGACCUCCAGGAAACCUAUCAGAAGCUUGGGAAGGAGCUGGAAAAUUUGGAUUAUUUAGCCUUCAAACGUCAGCAGGACUUAAAGUCUCCAAAUCAGAGGGAUGAAAUAGCCGGCGCCCGGGCCUCAUUGAAGGAGAACUCCCCCCUCUUGCAUUCAAUUUGUUCAGCUUGUUUGGAGCAUUCUGAUGUUGCUUCCCUCAAAGCCAGCAAGGACACAGUUUGCGAAGAAAUUCAGAAUGCGCUCAACGUAAUAUCGAAUGCUUCACAAGGCAUCCAGAAUGUGCUGGCACCUCUGGAACCUCAGGCAGCAACCCUGGGAAGUGCCCUUGAUGAGCUUGAGAAUUUAAUUGUCUUGGAUCCACUGACAGUGACUGAGGAGGAAAUCAGACCAUCCCUAGAGCAACGCCUUGAAGCCAUCAUCAGCGGGGCUGCUCUGUUGGCCGACUCUUCCUGCACGAGGGAUUUCCAUCGGGAGCGGAUCAUCGCAGAGUGCAACGCCAUUCGCCAGGCUCUGCAGGACCUGCUUUCCGAGUACAUGAACAACACCGGAAAAAAGGAAAGGAGUAAUACCCUGAAUAUUGCAAUAGACAACAUGUGCAAGAAGACAAGAGACCUUCGAAGACAGCUCCGUAAGGCUAUUAUAGAUCAUGUGUCAGACUCCUUUCUGGAUACGACAGUCCCACUUUUGGUUCUCAUCGAAGCUGCCAAGAAUGGUCGAGAAAAGGAAAUAAAAGAAUAUGCUGCGAUAUUUCGUGAACACACCAACAGGCUUGUAGAAGUGGCAAAUCUUGCUUGUUCCAUGUCAACAAAUGAAGAUGGAAUUAAAAUUGUCAAAAUUGCAGCCAACCACUUGGAAACUUUGUGUCCACAGGUUAUUAAUGCUGCACUUGCUUUGGCUGCAAGACCCAAAAGUCAAGUGGUCAAAAAAACCAUGGAAAUGUACAAGUGCACGUGGGAGAAUCACAUCCAUGUCCUCACAGAAGCUGUAGAUGACAUUACAAGCAUUGAUGACUUCCUUGCUGUAUCUGAGAGCCACAUCUUAGAAGAUGUCAACAAAUGUAUCAUAGCCCUGAGAGACCAGGAUGCUGAUAAUUUAGACCGAGCUGCCGGUGCUAUCAGAGGACGGGCAGCAAGAGUGGCUCACAUUGUCACAGGUGAAAUGGACAGUUACGAGCCAGGCGCUUACACUGAAGGUGUGAUGAGAAACGUCAACUUCCUUACAAGUACUGCAAUUCCUGAGUUUGUGACACAAGUGAAUGUCGCCUUGGAAGCCCUAAAUAAGAACUCUUUGCAUGUGUUUGACGACAAUCAAUUUGUGGACAUCUCAAAGAAGAUCUAUGAUACAAUUCAUGAUAUCAGAUGUUCAGUCAUGAUGAUUCGGACCCCAGAGGAACUAGAGGAUGUUUCUGACCUGGAAGAGGAUCAUGAGGUCCGCAGCCACACCAGCCUUCAGACCGAAGGAAAAACGGACCGGGCUAAGAUGACUCAGCUGCCUGAGGCAGAGAAGGAAAAGAUUGCUGAGCAAGUUGCUGAUUUCAAGAAAGUAAAGAGUAAGCUGGAUGCUGAGAUUGAAAUAUGGGAUGAUACAAGCAACGACAUCAUUGUUCUGGCCAAGAAGAUGUGUAUGAUCAUGAUGGAGAUGACAGACUUCACCAGGGGCAAAGGACCGUUAAAGCACACGACUGAUGUGAUCUAUGCAGCUAAAAUGAUAUCAGAAUCAGGAUCAAGGAUGGAUGUCCUUGCUCGACAGAUUGCCAACCAGUGUCCAGAUCCAUCAUGCAAACAGGACUUGCUGGCUUAUCUAGAACAGAUUAAAUUCUACUCUCACCAACUGAAAAUCUGCAGCCAAGUUAAAGCUGAGAUCCAGAGCCUGGGGGGAGAGCUCAUCAUGUCAGCUUUGGACAGUGUCACCUCCCUAAUCCAAGCAGCCAAAAAUCUAAUGAAUGCUGUCGUGCAAACAGUGAAAAUGUCUUACAUUGCCUCAACCAAGAUCAUCCGAAUUCAGAGUCCUACUGGGCCCCGGCACCCAGUUGUGAUGUGGAGAAUGAAGGCUCCUGCAAAAAAGCCCUUGAUUAAAAGAGAGAAGCCAGAAGAAACUUGUGCAGCUAUCAGACGAGGCUCCGCAAAGAAAAAAAUCCACCCAGUGCAGGUCAUGAGUGAAUUUAGAGGAAGACAGGUCUACUGAAACCACUAUUUUACUCUAUGUCUAUAUUAAAAAGUCCUGGCUAAACACACUGCUUUAAUUUUACACUUGGUUCAUACUGUAAAUUCACUAUCUUUAAGCCACAAGUAAUAUAAAGCAUUGAAGGUGUAACUAACAUGAGCACCAUAUAUUUGGGGUCAUGUUAUCUCUGUAUGCCUAAUAAGUAAUCAAUAUAUGUUUGUUGAAUGAAUGAAAACUUCAGGUACUGUUCAGCUUUUCCCAUCACAGAGAAUAUCUUACAUUCACUACCAAAUGAACAUAGGAGAUUCCAAUGAGUCUUAUUCAUCGGUAAUAGCUUGAUUACAUUCACCCUUUUACUUUUAAAUUUAAAAAUUGACAUGAGCUCUUGACUUCGUUUUCAAUUAAGAACAAAAGACCUCAUAAAAUAUUUUCCCAUUAAAACUUUUCUUACUUGGCCUGAUCUGACACAGAUGUGUGAUCCUUGCUAUGGGGUGGGGAAUCAAUCUCUACAUGUCUCUGUCUACUGCCAAAUGAUUAGGGUGAUAUCUAUCAGAAACUAACCAACCUUGAGCAGUCAAGCUGCAUCCUAGAUUUUUAAGAUCAGCAUUGAUUAUUAAUGAAGCAAUUUAUUAACAUUAUAAAAGUUACAAUGAGUUUUGAUGCCACAAAUGUGCCUUCUUGGACCCCAUUGUGUUUAGCAGUUCUGCGUGUUGAGAACUGGGUUUAAGCGAGUCCAUCAGAAUUUAUACAUGGAGGGAGAGUUAUUACCCACUUGGCGAAAUGGGACAUCUAACUACUAGGAUAUCCCUGAGUGAAUUAUGCCAACAGAAGUGUUAAGUAGUUCUGCAUGACUCUAAAAUUUCAUUUGUAUCAGCUUGCAAUUGUAAUUAAAAGGAAACAGCCAGUUUGAAAAACCUUUGACAUUGAGUAAGAUAUAACUGUGGAAAAUGUAUCAUUGAACUAUGAAUUAGAGUUCAUGGCAAUGUAGCUGGAGUGAUUUUUAAUAACACUCUUUUAAAUAAAAGUCAUUGAGGUCAUUUUUUCCAACUGUGCUCCCAGUGCACAGUCUCAAUCAUUGUGCUCAUCCCUAGUUGAGUUUGUAAUGAACUUCAUAAUAGUCUGAGUCCAGUGCAUUGCUUGUCUCUCUCAUGCUUUCACCUUUGUUCUCUGAUGGAGUUAAAUUUCAGUUACACUUUUUCUCAUGCAUAGAGCCACCAUUCACAGAAUUUUAAACAUGGGCUCCCUAUUCUACUUUAUUAAUGUGAUACUACAAUUGUAACUACACUUUGUAAAACAUUGCCAAUAACAUAUUAUUUCAACAGCCACCUCAUCAUAGUUUGAUAAAGGAAACUUCAAAAAUGCAGCACCAAUUGAUAUUAGGACGACUAGUCUGAGUAACUCAGAGAAAAAAAAUGGGGAAAAGCAUUUAUUUAAUAGGUUAUAUUAACUAUGAGGAAAUGAUAACUUUUAUUCUAAUGAAUUAUUUUAUUUUUCUAAACUUGAGUUGCCUGGGCUCAGCACAUAAACUUCCAAGGAAGUAACAGCAAUAAGCUCUCCCCUGUUUUGAACUAUACACUGGCCUACAGUAAUUAUUCUGGACAGAACCCACUCUCUAAAAGAGAAGGCAGUGCAGGAAGGAAUUAAGUAGUUAAAAAUAAUUCUAUGUUCUAGAACUACCUUGAUAAAUGAAGCAAAAUAGUUUCUUUUGUUGAAAUGUUACCAUCACUUUCUACUCUAAGAGUAAACAUUACAAGAGUGACAUCUAUAACACAUCCUUUUCUCAGAUAGAAGUGCAAAUUUAUAAUUUAGUUAAGAAAAUAAAUAGUUAAGAUAUCACCAUACUGCUAGGUGCAUAUCUUAGUUCUUAAAGCCACAUGCUCAAGAAUCACAACAGUCCCCUUUAGAAAAUCUAAUGUCCCUUUGGUCCUGCUUCAGCUUUCCACAGGUUGGAAGUUAGAAUGAGGCAUUAGAUUCCAAAAGAACAGAAGUAACUUGAAAUUAUUCAAUUACCAAAUAUCCUCUGUAUCUUUAAAAUAAACCAACUCCACACAAAAUGAGAUGUGAACAAGGCCUCCUCUUCAAAGUAGGUAGAUUUCCGACUUAGCUCAAAGUAAACAACUUAUAAUUAAAACUUAUUUUGAAAAAAAUAAACUUGGAAAAUAGCCCAGGAGUAAAGCCAGCUGUAGUAAUCAAAGGUGUAAUAAGAACAGGAUGCAUAGAGCUGAGAAAGGCAUCUGUCUGCCUGGGUGAGUUUUUGCAGUUGGGCAACAUUUCAAGAGUUAGUCCAAUUCAAAUCUGCUAAUGAUAUAAGUGCUAAUACACAGCAAAAAUAUUAACAAACCUUUGCAUUACAAAGCAUAGUUAAAUGAAUCUAACCAGUAUGAAUGAAUGCAUUAGAUAGAAUGUAUUUAUAUUUAAGCACUUCUUCUCUAGGGGAAAACUUUAAUGAGAGUGAUACCUUGGUGGCCCAUCUAUACACCUUUUCAAAUCACAUCACAAAGAUCAGUGCUUCAUCCUGUUAAUCAAAGCUCACUUUUUUCUUUUAGUGAAAUCAAUUUAUGGAGGAGAACAGGGUUUAGACUACCUACAAGGACCUCCUGGUUAGCCACCAGCAUAAUUGUCAAACAUUAGACUGGAAUCAGAAUGAUAAGUUAGAAAAUAUCCAAGAAAUCAUAAUCCACUUAAGAUUUUUAUUAUAAAAACUGGAAGGUUUUCAUUAAACAGGAAAGGCGAGUCAUGUGAAUUUCUCCCUUUUAAUCAUCACAAGUGAAAAUUAUUGGAUUAAAAUAUUUGUUUCUAAUACAGUUUCUGGGUUAUAACUCAAAUGGGUCACACAAAAAAAAGAUACUUUUUUUUUAUAGUAUUUUGUUAUAUAUUCCCUUCCUGUUUGUCUUAUGGCAUGAGCGAAAACUAUAAAUGCAUAAGAAAAUACAAUAUUCUUAAAUGUGCCUUCUGACUUUUGCACAUUGCUGAAUUUAUUAGUAUCAAUAUAAAUAAAUGUCUGCCAUAAAAAAUACUUCUGUUUAAGGGGGAAGGUCCACCAUAGCUAUACAGAAAGGCUCUUUCUUGCACACUCAAUGGCUUCAAAGGAAGUCAGUUUUUAAGUCAUACCACAGCAAGACAGUGACUACACAGUUAAGUGCCCAGUUUAGUCCUCACACCCAAUAAUGAAUGCUACUCAAAUUCCAUGAAGGGUGGCUGAAAAACCUGCCUAAGAACAGAGGCAAAUUUUCAGUGGCCUUCACUUUCAAGGUGGUCCUUUCAUCUCACCCAUCCCUGUGCUAGGUGUCCUAUUAACUGCUGAUACUUUCCACCAGAAUGAUACAGGACUGCUCAUCCCAGGCAAUUACCUCCAAUUUAUGUCCUUCCCUCUUGGCCCAUGCACCAAAAGUAUCUCUCAUCUCCUUAGGUGUCUAUGCUACCUACAAAUUGAUAAAUAAUUUCUAGUGCUCUAGUUAAAAUUAUGAAUUUUAAUUCCCAGCAGCAUUAUUCCUUUUUUUUCUAUUCCAGAAUAUAUUCUUAUUCCUUUUGGUGUGAAAGGUACACUUCCAUGCUAGGGAUUGUAGUUCCCAUGGAUACAGAUGCCUGUACAAUAGUUGCAGAAUGGGUGGAAUGAGAUCUGAGACUUUUCCUUGUGAUGUUUAUCAUUCGCUGGUGAACUCAUUGCAGAAUUGCCAGCUCGUUUUAAUAUCAUUUUUAAGUAAUUCUUUAGGUCAGCAAACCAGGCAUCAGAAUAUCAAGUUAAAUGAAGUUAAAUGAAACCUAUUUAUUUUGUCAGCUUGUUUUCUCCCAACCAACCUUCCUAGUGUAUAUUUAGGAAUCAAAUAUUUUUUUGGUUUGGGAAAGACAGAAGUAUUUCUGUUUGACUUGAUCAGAAAAUUAAGGAGCACAUAGUUUAAAGACUAUAGACUGCAUUAUUAUAUUAAUAAUAAUUUUAAGUAAAUGAGGAAAAUGUGACUUUAGAAAUUUAUAUUUAUAUAUCACAUACCAGGAAUCAAUACUGACUUAAUAAGAACCCUAUUUCAUUUCUUUUGUCAUAAUUCUCUGUCCAUACCAUUAUAAUAUCUUUAGUAUUAGUAUUUUACACAUUACUACCAAAUCCAAUAGGCCUGGCUUGUUUGUUAGGAAAGAAAAUAUGGAUGUUAUUAAAAUCAAGUGUAUGCAACUAAAGAUGUCCUUAUUAAGGUUGUAAUACUAUCCUAGACAUCUAAGUGAGAGCAAGAAGAAAUUUUUAAAUUAUUUUUGUCAUUUUUAACCAAUUCACAUGAACACAAAAUGUUUUCUAUUAUAGCAAAAGAAAUAAUAGUUUAUAGCAUUAAUGAUUUCUCCUAACUAGCAGGAUAGAGACUAUCACUUAACAUUUCAAAAGAAGAUAAUUAAUACUAAUUAAGAACACCAUUUCCAAAUGGAACCCAACCUUACCAGCAACCUGUCUACAGGCAGUAGAUGGUUGGUAGGGCUGGCCUUAUGUAGAUCCUGGGAUAUUUCAUGGCUGCAGCCUGCCUUAUGCCAUCCAAUAGUCCCCAUUGGUUUAUGUGAACAAACACAAGGAUUGACUUUCAAAAUUCAUUUAACACGUUGUAGAAAAAGCAGUAAAGACUGAGCAUUUCUAAAGAAAUACGGGUAAGAAAGUGACAGAGGUGAGGGAGGGUGAAAGAAAGGUAGUUGCCAGGCAGAGCCUAGGAAGGAGGAGUUUUGGUUCCAUGAAGACCAGGCAGCCUCCUCCUGAGGAAGAGGGAUAUGAUAGAGUACUUGUCUUUGGUGGUUUGUGUGAAGUCAUGUAGGAGGCAGGAGGAUGGACUAUAUAAUAGCUGAUGAUGAUUAAUAUUGUGUGAAAGAUGAGAAAUGGAAAUUCAGCCAGUUUUCUAAGCUGAUAAUGGGUGAAAUUUUCGCCAUUGUCAAGAGCUAAGCAGGAUAAUCACACAUUUAUAUAUUUAACAAAUAUCUGUUGAACAACUAGGAUGUCCAGGCACUACUUUGGUUCUUAGGAUACACCAAUAACAGCACAGUGAUCCUAGCCCUCCUCUGCUAGCUGUGUGUUAAAUGCUUUUACCUUAAUAAAUUCUCUCAAUAACCCUCUGGGAUAAACAUUGUUAGCUCCAUUCCAUAUACAAGGAACCUGACGCUUACACGGAAUGAGAAUUUCGCUCAAAAACUCACUGGCUCUAAAACUGAGUUUGUUGCACUCUAGAGUCUGAGCUUUUGGUCAGCCCAUCAUUUAGCCUUCCUGGAAAAACGAGAUUGGAUUUUUUCAGUUGAAAAUAAGAUACAAAUUUCAAAUGCUGGCUGGCUAGCUGGCUUCCCAUGUAAUAGCACAAAUAUCAAAACUUAAAAACAUUAUUAAUCCAUACCUACACUACUCAAAGCAGAUAAAAUUUGCUGCAUAUUUUUACCUCUAAUAACUGAAUGUCGGAUAUCAGACAUCUGAGUGAAUAUUUCAUCCAUGUGAUUUGCAGUAAGAUGAAAACUCUUUGCCAAAUUACUUUUAUUCCACAGAGGAGAAACAUGCAAUGAAAAUGCCCGUUUUAAUCCAUCUUUAUUACGGAUUGAUGAAAAAAUUUUGUGGAUAUCAUUUCUUUCCUUUUUUACUACUACUGUGUGUUUGUGUGUUUACAGUUAGAGAUCUCAAAGGAGUGUUCGCCAAGAAUUAUUGAAAUACACUCGUUUCCUUGCAUUCAAACUAUAGCAAAUAACUGUUUCCUUCUUUAUGGAGAUGACAAAUGUAUGCAGUGUGUACCUUACUACAGGUACAUGCAGUCCUUCACGUUUACAUGAUCCUUAUUCCCAGAGCCAACUGAAGCCAGACUCUUCUUGUCCACAUUGCUGGCUAUGCUUCUCUAUCCCAAUCACUUCCUGAUCUUUCUGAUAGUUGUCUUCCUUAAACUGAGGUUCCUCAAACCGGGGUUGGCGCUUUCAUGUACCUGGCUGUCAUGAUGGUGCCCAUUCCCAGCUGUAAGAAAAGGAUUUCCCAACUGUAAAAAAGGUAAUUCUCUUCAAAAAAGGCUUCGCUUCCUAAAAAUCUCUUAAAUGUAGGAUAUACAAAAGCCACGUAAAUGGUAUUUACACAGUGGUCUCUGUGUUUUCAUUUCCAAGGAGAUAUUUUCUGAAAUUCUAAAGUUUUCUUCACAUUUUCAAGAAAAAUGCUUACUUUUUGGUUCUGGGUAUCUUGAAGGCAUGUAGCAUCUCUUUAAAAAUGUUAAAGCCCUGUCUCAAUAAUGAGAUCAAUAGUUCAAAAGCCUGCCCUGACCGGUUUGGCUCAGUGGCUAGAGCGUCGGCCUGUAGACUGAAGAGUCCCAGGUUCGAUUCCGGUCAAGGGCAUGUACCUUGGUUGCG